UCAACACCUUAGUUAGUGAUAGCAAUUAUAAGUACAUUUAUUUUUAAAUAUGUUAUUUAUUUCCUAAUUAUGAAGUUACCCGAAAGUAUAAACAGAAAUACAUAUCUAACGUACAAUCAAAAUGGGGAUAGCGAGCCUCGGAGAAAAAUAAAGGCGGAGAACUUUGAAUGGGACUUCAAUCAUGCUAAAUCACUGGUUGCUAUAUGUAUUGAGAAACUGGCGGAAAAUUGGAAUGGCCAUCCAAAACUAGAACAACUUAUAGCAAAGGAUAGAGAAUUUUUCCUGCAAAUAUUGAAUACCAAUGUGCCACUUCAAAUUCUAGUAGAGAAUAUAAAAAGCGAUAUAUUUUGGAAAAGAUGCUACUUUUCUAAAUGGUCCAUUGCCCCAUUAGUACCACACAAUAAAAAAUGGAUUAAUAUCUUUAUGGAAAAACACUAUGCAGACAUAUUGGAGAAUAUGAAUCCUCGUCAAUAUGAUCCUGAGAAAAUAACAACGUUAGUCAAACUUUGCGGUCCAUAUAUUGAAACGUUGUCAAUACGAAGUUUAGUGCCAUCAGAUAUUCCUGUUCAGCGAAUUACUUCACCUGAAAUGGUUGAUUUGAUAACAAGUCAAAUUAAAAAUGGCAAUACACCCCAAAUAAAAACUGGCGAAACAUUCUCGAGAGAUCACAUUUCUCUUCAUGCGGCCCUAGGAAGCUUAACUAAUUUAGUAGAGUUACAUGUAACUUAUCAGUUGCGAGCUAUUGGAACAGAGUACCGUAAAGAUCAGUUUCAGUUUACUACUAAUGAUGCAAAAAAUCUCUCACGUGGUUUAGAGAAAUGUAUUCAACUCAAAAUAUUAAGGAUAACUCGAACUGACUUAAACUGCCAGAAAGUGAAAUAUAUUUUACGUGGAUUAUCAGAUAGUCAAAAUUUAGACACAAUUGAUUUUAGUCACUGCCGAAUUGCAGAUGAAGGUGCCUCAACCAUAGCAAAGUUUAUCACGAAAAGAGACAGCUUGAAAACCAUAAUCCUUGGAGACAAUCUUUUUGGUCCAGCUGGGGCAGAAAAUAUAUCUUACGCUCUUAAUCAUCAUGGAUGUAGUGUUAGAGUACUAGACUUAAGCCUUAACUCUAAGCUAGGUUCCGAAGGAGUCGCGCACAUUGCCGUAUCUAUAGCAAGAGGAUGCAGUCUUACGACACUCAACAUAUCUGGUUGUGGCAUACAACCGCAACCAUUAAUGAAACCGCCUGCAGGAGUAUGGUCUGUGACGAGUGCGGAAAAUCCACCUUCUUGUGGAGACCUUCUAGCACGAGCUAUCGGUUUAGUUAAAACACCACUAAGAUCAUUGGACAUUAGUGUAAAUAAUAUUGGCACUCCCAGUGAUAAUACCCUGUCAAACGCUAUUUGUCUAAGUUACAUAGUUGACCUAAAUAUAAAAAGGUCAGGUAUGGGGCCUAUGGCAAUGGCUAUAGCAGAAUCCGCAGCGGCGGCUCAGAGGUUAAGAAGAGAAGCCGAAAAGGGAGUUAAAUUUAGACGUAGCGCUGGCAGAGUUUUACAAGCACGUCGUGUUGCGAAAGGCAUGAAUAUUGAUGCAGAUCCUGUAUUACUAGCUCAGCAAUUAUCGGCUAGGCCAUCGAUAGUUUCCGUUGCAUCUGAAGAAGGAACUUACAACAUAACAACACAACCUCUUCCAACUGACUUCGGCUUUGUUCCAGCAUUUAAGAGCCCAUUGCCUUCUUCUCAAACUUCAUCAAUAACAGGACCUUCAACAUCGAGGAGAUCAAGUCAUCAUAUGGUUUUACAACCCGUAAAAGAAAUCCGCAAAGCAGCUUUGGUUCGCCGCGGAUCCGAUGGCUCCUUACUACAAUCACGUGGUGGUACAGCAUCUUCGGAACGGCAUAUAAAAAUAUUUAUCUCUUAAAAUAAUUUAAACAAACAAGGCGCUACUUUAUUUAUUUUAUAAUUUAAAUCAACUGAUUGCGCGCUACAAACACUCCCCUUAGGUCUGAGAUGCAAAUAAUAUCAACUCAGAGUCU